UGGGUGUCCAUCUACAUAGGAGUUGCAGUUAUGUGCAACAGAUUGUCUCCAUACCACCGAGGCCCGAAAUGUCCACCUAAAGGAUUCGAUAUCCUGACAAGCAUCGGGAGUUAUUGGCAAGCUGUGAUGCAUUUGAUCAACCUCAGAAUCGACAUAGCAUAUGAUCCCAGCAUCAUGGUGGGC